GGACAUUUUACUUGCGUGAAGAUUUACCAACAGCAUCGACUUGAAGAUACAACUAACCAGAGGUGCCUGUGUGUUCGUGAACUGGGGCAGCUCCUAAUAUUUAAAGAGAUGAUAGGAAUCAAAUGUAUACAUACAGUACAGACAUAAACAAGUGAAGGCGGAUAACAUCUCACUUCAUCCUAAACAACCAAGAAGCACAGUUUGUUUGACUUUGUAACUUCUUUGGAGAACACAGUGAUUUUGAAGCCGACAUGGCUUUAGCGGGGCUGGAGCUGAUGGGAUUCUUUUUGGGCCUCUUUGGCAUGCUUGGGACCCUGGUAGCCACUCUUCUACCCUACUGGGAAAUCUCGGCACACAUCGGUUCCAACAUUGUGACUGCGGUAGAGAAUAUGAAAGGUCUCUGGAUGGAGUGCGUGUAUCAGAGCACCGGCGCCUUUCAAUGCGAGACGUACAACACAAUGCUCGGGCUCGCCCCUGAUCUACAAGCAGCCAGGGCUAUGAUGGUCAUCUCUUCGAUCUUUUCCCUCUUGGCUUGCAUGGUGUCGACUAUCGGGAUGCAGUGUACUACAUGUAUGAGCGGUUCUUCGGCUAAAACCAAAGUGGCGGGGGUAGGUGGUUCCCUGUUUCUCCUGGCAGGGCUUUUGUCUUUGAUCCCUGUAUCUUGGAAGACCCAUGAGGUGGUCCAGACCUUCCACAUGAGCAACAUUCCAGACAGUCUUAAGUUUGAAAUAGGUGACUGUCUGUAUGUAGGAUUGGCUUCUUCGCUUAUGUCCAUGUUGGGUGGUGGACUGUUGAGUGCAUCUGGUUGCGAUGACUUAGACAGUAGCAGGGGUACCAGGCAUUCUUACCCCUACCCUGACCAAAAAGGCGUUGGGCGCGUUCCACAUGCAGCAUCCCAUUCGAUGUCCUUUCGUCCAGCUACGUUACAAACCAAAAACACUGUCACUGCCAACAAGACCCAAACCCUUAACAGCCAAACCAGCACCAGUACCCAUUCAUUUGUGCCGGCCCAGGAUUCAAGGAAAUCACAAAACACAGCUGCCAGAUAUGAUGUCACAGGCUAUGUAUGAGGAUUUAUGUGAUACUGCUUGUACUUUUUUGUCUCAAACCAAAACAGACUCCUAUAAAAGCAAAAUUGUUUUGGCACAAGAAUAACAGACACAUUGCUAAAGCGUAAGUGAACUGAAAACAUGGCACAUAUGUUUAUUUCGUAGUUUAGGGACAAAAUUUAGAUUUUAACACAAAGAUGUUUUUUU